CAUAACAUGAGCUGAAAAAUGUAAAUUACAUGUAUAUUGUAUUGAUUUUUAAACACAGAAUUCAUGUCUUGGCCACAUUUUCAAUGCAAAGUCACCCAACAGAAGCGCAUUGUUUUUGUUUGAACAGACAUCAAACUGGAAUGAGCAUAAUAAAUGUAGAAAUGACAAUUCAACUAUAGUUUCUUACCAGAAUAUUUACCUAUCCUUUGGUUUAAAAACAACAUUUUUUGAGGUAAAGAUUUGUAUAUUUUUUGCAUAUUUAUUGGAGCAUUUUUUUAAUUCAUUUUUUAUUGUUUCUUUGAAGAUUUAUUUUGAUUAGCUGGCUUUUGGUAUGUGGGUUUGAGCUAAGGUAAAGCUAACUCUUUAGGCGCAGAGUUUAACACUGUUAAAGGAUUUUCCUUGUUCACAGAGAAAGUGUUUUUCGGAACUUACUGACGUGGAAAUGGGUCACCGCAUCUCUAAACACAGACAGGGAGGCAACGGCAUCCUAACAUCAGGUAACUUUCCAAUGAGUGAAGACACGCUACCCCAGUAUUCUUCUCACAACACCAGCCCUGAGUCAGGGAUUACCAUGGAAGUGCCAGUUGAUUGGAUACGAAGAACAUCAGAUGUCCAGGACUCAAGGCAGGACAGUAGACGACCUUCCAUAUAUAGCACUAUGGAUGCUAUGCCUCAUCUUGAGUUUUAUUCCAAUGCCACUGUCACAGGCCGCAUCAGACGCAGCAGGCCAUCACUGGAGACUCUUCGUAAGACUUUUGAUAACAGAGAAUGUGGCUAUGACAUAAGCGACUCAGGUGCAGGCAGUCUUUCAGUGAUGAACGAAAUGGGAAAUGGGUCAGAUGAAUGUGGAUCUGAAGGAAAGACAUACCAACAAGUGCGCUUCGGAUGGGUCACUGGGGUUUUGAUUCGCUGUAUGUUGAAUAUAUGGGGAGUCAUUUUGUUCUUACGAUUGUCCUGGAUUACAUCUCAAGCAGGAAUCAUUCUUACAUGGGUCAUCAUUUUCAUGUCGGUCCUUGUGACCUCAGUAACCGCAUUGUCUGUAUCUGCCAUUUCUACCAAUGGGAGAGUAUCCUCUGGCGGAGCAUAUUUCAUGAUCUCUCGUACCCUGGGUCCUGAGUUGGGAGGCCCUAUUGGUGUUGUGUAUUCUUUCGCCAAUGCUCUUGGUUGUGCACUCAACACAGUGGGAUUUGCAGAGACUGUCAGAGAUCUUCUAAUUGAAUAUAAUGUAGAAAUUGUGGAUCCAGUCAAUGAUGUCCGGAUCAUAGGCUCCAUUACAGCCACAGUGCUUCUUCUCAUCUCAUUGGCUGGAAUGGAAUGGGAAUCAAAGGCUCAAAUCCUAUUUUUCGUGGUGCUUAUGGUAUCCUUCACCAACUACUUUGUUGGCACUGUUAUUCCAGCGACUCCACAGAAACAGUCAAUUGGUUUCUUCAGCUACCGCAGUGAGAUUUUCUUGGAGAACCUAUUUCCAGACUGGAGAGGGCCAGAGGGCAGUUUCUUUGGAAUGUUUGCUAUCUUCUUUCCAUCUGCCAUUGGAGUUCUUGCUGGAGCCAACAUUUCAGGAGAUCUGAAAGAGCCAGAGGUUGCGAUCCCAAAAGGAACAUUAAUGGCCAUAUUCUGCACCACUAUAAGUUAUUUAGCCAUAUCAUCAACUGUGGGAGCAUGUAUGGUGCGCGAUGCCUCUGGAAACAUGAAUGACAGCUUGCUGUUGAACUCCACUGAAGACUGUUAUGGUCUGGGCUGCAGUCUUGGCUGGAACUUUACCAAAUGUGAGCAAAGUCAUGACUGCUCCUAUGGCCUGGCCAAUAACUUCCAGGCGAUGAUCCAAGUCUCUGGGUUUGGACCAUUGAUCUAUGCGGGCAUAUUUGCAGCCACUCUGUCAUCUGCCCUUGCAUUCCUUGUCUCCGCUCCCAAAGUUUUCCAGUGUCUCUGUAAGGACAAUAUCUACCCGUACAUUGGCUUCUUUGCAAAGGGUUAUGGAAAAAACAGUGAGCCCUUGCGUGCCUAUCUGUUAUGUUUCGUCAUUGCCCUGUGCUUCAUUUUGAUUGCUGAACUGAACACCAUUGCUCCUCUUAUCUCCAACUUCUUCCUCUGUGCGUAUGCUCUUAUCAACUUUAGCUGCUUUCACGCUUCUAUCACCAACUCCCCCGGAUGGAGGCCAUUAUUUCGGUAUUACAGUCCCUGGGUUGCUCUGUUUGGGGCGGUUGUUUCCGUCGUACUGAUGUUCUUGCUCACCUGGUGGGCAGCUCUCAUCACAUUUGGUGUAAUCAUCUUUUUGUUUGGCUAUGUAGCGUACAAGAAACCAGAGGUAAACUGGGGUUCGUCGGUCCAGGCAGGCACAUACAACAUGGCUCUGUCUUCCUCAUUGUCUCUCGCAGGGGUUGAAGACCAUGUCAAAAAUUAUAGGCCUCAGUGUCUGGUUCUGACUGGGACCCCAACUACACGUCCAGCACUGGUGGACUUUGUGGGAUCUUUCACUAAGAAUGUCAGUCUGAUGAUCUGUGGGAACAUUCUUCAGGGGGAGGAGAAAACAGCUUAUACAGCAGCUAAUACGGUAUCAUGGUUUAAUCAGAGGAAAGUUCGAUCUUUCUACACAGCACUCGAGGCAGCCAGUCUUAGAGAAGGAACACAACACCUUCUGCAGGCCUGUGGCUUGGGAAAGUUAAAGCCGAAUGUACUUGUGAUGGGUUUCAAAACAAACUGGCAGGAGAGCACGCCUCAUGGAAUAGAUGACUAUAUCAAUACCAUAUAUGAUUCUUUUGACUCCAAUCAUGGUGUCUGUGUUCUACGCAUGAUGGACGGGCUGGACAUGAGAGAUGAGUUACAAGCUGAAGUAAACCUGACCUUUGAGGCAGAUGAAGCCAAUGACUCCCAACAGCAAAAUUCAGAUGCCAAUUUAGACAUUGACGACACAAAGAAGAUUGCAAACAAUCAAAUAAAAACAGUGUUUCAGACCACACAAGGGAAGAAGACUAUUGAUAUAUACUGGAUCUCUGAUGAUGGAGGUCUGACCCUUUUAGUACCAUAUCUGUUAACAAGAAGGAAACGCUGGAGAAGCAGCAAAGUCAGAGUGUUCAUCAUUGGGCAACAGCAAACGAUGGAGGAAGAUCGCAAAGAAAUGAUGACUCUGCUGCAGCAUUUCCGUUUGGAUGUUCACGACGUCAUUGUUGUGACAGACGGCGAACAACCACCAUUGGCCAAAAACAUAAGACGCUUCGAGUCCACCAUCACUCCCUUCACUGUGAGCGAAGGACAGGUAGGAGAGGAGACCGCUCAACAGCAGAGGAAGGCCUGUACAUGGAAAGUUACGGACAAAGAGAUCGAGGCUUUGAGACUCAAGUCGGAGAGAAAAGUGAGGCUUAAUGAGAUCAUAAGGAGGAACUCUAAGCACGCUGCGCUGGUUCUUGUGUCUCUUCCCGUUCCCCAGGCCGAUUGUUCUAGUUCUCUCUAUAUGGCCUGGCUGGAAACAUUAAGCUGGGGUCUACACUGUCCAGUCCUCCUCAUAAGAGGAAACCAGCAAAAUGUCAUGACCUUUUACUGUCAAUAAAACACCUAUAGGUACUAUCACAUACCUAUUUAUUUAGACAUAUAUGUCUCAAACAUGUCAGAACAUCAUUGAAUUUGAAAUAGAAUAAUGUUAACAGUACUAAGAAGUUGCUUGUGAUGAUUCUUAUUUGGAUAAAAUGUGUUAAGCUUGUUUCAUAAAUUUAAGUCACCUGUGAGAUGCUUUGCUCAGAAAUGGAGCCAGAAAUGGCCUUUUCUGAGUCACUUUAGAUAACCCAAGAAGACGUGGUGGAAUGAUGGCAUGAGUUCAGGGCCAGACUUUGGAAGAUUGGAAGGGGAGUUUUUUAAAACAGUUCUUUUUUCAUCAAUUUCAAAUUUGGUGACACUAUAGCUGCAGAGAUUACACAAGUAACCUUUAAGCAAGUGGUCUCUCAUGAUGAUUUUUACUAGAUACUGUAGUUCCUAUCCUAAGUUUACAUUGAAAUUUACAAUGAUUGUUCUUUCUGAGUAAUGACUAAAGUUUGACAAGUACCUUCUUUUUUUGCUAUAUAACACUAUGAAGCCUUAAAAUAUAAACCUUGAUAUUUUGUUAGACCAGAAAUUUUUACAGUAAUAUAUUUGUGCUAUAGCAUUAGUCAUAUAAAAAGAUUGAAGUUCUGCAUGAGUCAGACACACAUAUCAGCAAUCCACAUAUGAACCUCAACAAUGCAAUGACAAGCAACUGAAAAGCUUCAAACCGCAAUGCAUGCUGGGUGCCUAUAUUAGUAGACUCAUCGAGUCUUUUCUACCAUCCCGCAGAAUCAUUCUCGUUGCUUAAUUGUUCCACUUAGUGCCGAUCCAUGCCGCCUGAACGUAAAUGGUUUCAUUUCCCACCACAGGGCUGAUAACAGAAAUCUUAAGAAAUCUGGCUGGAUGUAAAGCGCUCAUUGUUUGUCACCAUUGAUAAGAUUUGUAUGUUAAGGUCUAAGUGUGUCUCAAUAGCCAAGAAAGAGUUUUUACUGGAAUCUUUCCUAACACGUCACUUACAGGUGCCACAUUAUCAUUUAAACCAACCACUUUCUAAUGAAACUUCUGUCAUCAGAAGAGCAUAAAGCUGCAUUUCCAUAAAUCACUUUCAUUGUUGAUUUUUUUCACUCUCGCACCAAUUGCAUUAGUGUUUUGUGAUGUACAGUGACACAAUGUAAAAGAGAAGAAAACAUCGAUCACCAUGUUGACUUUAAACAUAAUAAAACCACUUUGAACCAGAGCUAGACAGAUAUAAAGUGAAGGUGGCGUCUGUAAUAAGAUGUGAAUGAUAUUUGUGUUUAAUUCUCCUCUGGUGACAUGUUGACAGAUUUAAUGUGUUCAUUUAUCAUUUACAGUUGAUGUUGUGACCUCAGUGAGUUACUAGAUUCUUCAACUGUGUAGUUUACUAGUAUGUUACUGUUAAAAUGGCUGGUAAGGUCCAAUGAUGAAUGUAGCCAUUGUGAAUUUAGCCAGUGUAAAGCUAAACUGAGACUGUAAGAGAAUGUAUAUGAUGAAGGGUUGAAGCUGCAUGUAAAUUGAUCAUGUAAAAUACAUGUAAAUUUUCGAUUUUAAUAAUCAUUUUAAUGGUCACUAACAAAUAAUAAAACCACACGCUAAGAUUGAA